AUGGCACUGAACGUCGCGAUCGUCGGCGGUGGCAUCAGCGGGCUGUCGGCCGCCGUGUCGUUGCGCCGGGCCGGGCACAAUGUCCAGGUCUACGAGCGCUCGGCUCAUAACAACGAAGUUGGGGCGGCCAUCCACGUCCCGCCCAACGCCGCACGGGCGUUGCUGGCCUGGGGAUUGGACCCCGUCCACGCCAAGUUUGUCACCACCAAGUCGAGCUACCGUGCCCACGAGAAGACGCUGGUGCGCUUCCAUACCGGCAGAGAAGUCGAAGAGCAGAUUCCCAUCCGCUGUGGCGCGCCCUGGUUUCUUACCCAUCGUGUUGAUCUCCACGAAGAGCUGAAGCGGCUGGCAACCGAGCCCGAGAGCCCCCAGGCGCCCGGCCGUCCCGCCCAGGUGGCCUUGCGUACCAAGGUCGUGAAAUAUAACACGGCCGACACGUCCAUCACACUAGACAAUGGUGACGUCGUCCAGGCCGACGUUGUCAUCGCUGCCGAUGGAAUCUAUAGCAUUGCCGUCGAGGCCAUCCUGGGCGAGCCUCGCCCCCUCGGAGCGCCGCAAAAUGCGUGCUUCCGCUUCCUGAUCCCGGCCGAUGCGAUCAACGCAGACCCAAAGACAAAGUUUUACACCGAGGACGACGACGGCCGCAUGAAGUUCUUUGUUGGCGACGACAAGAGAAUCGUGUCGUACCCAUGCCGCAACAAUGAAAUCCACAACUUUGUGGCCAUCUACAAUACCGAGCACGAGACUCUCGACCUCUCGAAGAAAGAGAGCCGCCACUCACCCGAGGACAAGGCCAAGCUCCUCGCAAAAUACUCUGAUGUCCAUCCAGACCUCUUUGCUGUUAUCAGCAAAGCGACCGAAGUCAUGCAGUGGCCGCUCUUGUUCCGGCCUCCCAUCCCGACCUGGACCAAGGGUUGCACCGCCCUGGCGGGAGAUGCUGCUCACCCCAUGCUUCCCCACCAGGGACAGGGCGGUGCCCAAGGCAUCGAGGAUGGCGUCGUGCUUGGUCUUGUUCUUGUCGGAGCCACCAAAGAGACCGCAGCUGAGCGGCUCCGGUUGUACGAGAAGAUUCGCCGCAAUCGGGCCAGCAUCAUCCAGAUCUUCAGCAAUGCCGGCCAGGACCAACCCGAGCUCAUCCGGAAGGAUGCGUCUGCCUUUAUGCCGGAAGAUAAGAUUCCCAAGCGCCCCGAAGACUUUUUCGACUACAACUUCCGCUACGACGUCAUUGAAGACUCGGUCAGUCAGCUCAAGGAGCAAUACCCGACGUUCGAACUGCCGGGCAACUUCUUCCAGAACACACCCGGCAAAAUCCGUGCUUAA